AACUCUUAGCAGAAAACGUUUAUUUACAUCAUUUGACAUUUGGCGCCGAGGCUGACGUGUGGCAUAUCCUUUAAAAUGAGUAAAAAAGAGGCAGAGGCAACAGAAAAGAUUAAAAGCUACUUAGAACAGCAAAAUCGUCCAUACAGCGUCAAUGACAUCUUCAUGAACCUGCAUAAGGAGGUGGGGAAGACAGCUGUUCAGAAGUGCCUGGAUAAACUUGUUGCAAAUGGAUCAGUUAAAGAAAAAACCUAUGGCAAGCAAAAGGUGUAUGUCAUCGAUCAAGAACAGUUUCCGGCAUUGGAUGAACAGAAGCUCAAGAAAAUGGACAUGCAGUUAGUGGAACUGAACCAGACUAUCAAGGAGAGUGAGAAGGAGUGUGUGGAGGUGGAAGCCAAACUACGGAACCUCAACUCCAGCCUCACAACAGAGGAGGCCAGCAAGAGAGUGACGCAGCUGGAUGAAGAAGUUUCAAAACUGCAACAGAGGCUUUCUGAUCUUCAGGAGAAUCAAGUGAUGGUCUCUAAAGAAGAAAAAGACAAGAUCAGCAAAGCCAAUGAAGAGAUGGUCAAACAGUGGAGAAAGAGGAGACGAAUGGCACGAGACAUGUUGGAUGCCAUCUUGGAAGGAUAUCCCCACCCCAAGAAGCAUCUGUUUGAAGAGAUUGGUAUUGAAACUGAUGAAGAUGUUGGUGUAAACUUACCAAAGACUUAGAUGCAAAAUGCAGGCUUCUAGUUACAAAGUAUAUACCGGUAAUGUUAAUUUCGUGAUGGCUUGCCUUUCUUCUUUCAGUAACAUCACAAAAAUUUCACUCUCUAGCAUUUAUGUUUCCAGUACAGUACUUAUUUUUGAAGUGCCUAUACUGAUCAGUAUAUCUGUCUUUGAAACUACAAAUUUCAGUAUGCUUCAAAACAAAAUAAAUGUAUAUUUCCUUUACCAAAGCAUCUAUAGAAUAUCCUAUUGAAAUUGCAACUUUAUUUUUCUGUAAGUACUGUACAGUAUAGUAUACCAUAUAACGUAAGUCUCAUAAAAUACAUACAAAUUUCUCUUUAAUUUUUGUGAUAUUGUACUUAAUAUCAUAAUGGAAUAUUCAGUAUUGUAAAGGAAUCUGUUAUCAUUGCAAAUAUAGUUUAUUAAACAGCAAAUUUAA